UUUCCUGGGAAGGAGAGGAGAGGAGAGGAAAUAGAGAGGUAUAAAAUAACAGCAUCAAUUUGUGCUCACAGAGUGCUACAUUAUCAGAGGUUGCUAUGGAGUACCUGUGGAAUCGCACAGAGAAAUUGGAAGGGUCAGAAAACAACGGAGGGUCCACUAUUUCUUCAUGUGUUGAGCAGUUUAUAGGAGGUAUCAGCGACAUCUUAAGCCUUGAGAAUAUUCUGGAAGCGACAGCAUCCAUUCUGGAGGAUGACGAGGACGAGAAUGAACUUGAGGAUGUGUUGCUGAUCCAGUGUGGUGACAAGAACCCCUGCUCUGUGGACGGAGAUGGUGACAAAUGUCAGUCUGACUCACAAACUGAGAAGGAACCUCCGGAGAAUGGUCAGUCUGAGGUCUCAGUGUCUGACCACAAUCUCACAGAAAUCUUAGCUGACGAUGUGACUGUUAAAGACAACCAUGAGACUGCUCAAGACAGCUCAAACCUCAAACCUUCAGAAGACACGAUCGCUGUGCACCAUCUCAGCUCGACUCAGGAAGAGCAUGAAAAGAUUAGAAACGACAGUAGUGAAGUUCGAGAUGACAGCUCUCCCCAAAAACCGUCCCCACAGACAAUCACUAGUGCAACCUCUGAAGACAUAGACAAAGGUGAUCAUGACCUUCGCUUGUUGAGUGGUCCAGAAACAUCACACAAAGAGGAAGGCCCUGCCACUGAGUCAGUCUUGAUGGAGAAAGAAGUUCCAACCACAGAGUUCAGCAAAGUACCACAGAUUGAGUCAAAAACCCCUACAGCAGUCCUUAAUCACACCAGUGAUUUGCCUCAAGAAAACAUCCUCCAUGACACCACCAGCCCAGCCUCAGGGCAACAGCAUGAGAUGGCUGAUCAGAUGAUGGACUUAAGAAUAUCACAGCCUGAGCUGGGUGAAAUGAGUGCAACCGUUUCCCCAUCACCUGGUGGAGAAGAUGUGGAAGAAGGCGACACUUGCAAUCCAUUGACAGAUGUGUCCAGCACAGAACAACCUGAAGGUGAAUCUGCAAAGCUCCAGACAGGGGAUUUCAAUUUGUCACCUGCGCCCCAAAUGAUGGAAACAAUUCUGGAGGAAGAGGACAGCAGCAGUCCCUUACAGACAAAUUCGAUGACCCACGUCUCUCCGUGUGAGUCUGACCCAGUACAUACAGAGCCAGAGCCAGAGCCAGAACAAGAGCGAGAACCAGAGCCAGAGGCCAGCUCCUCCCCAGUUGGCCUACCCACCGCUCCGCAGGACCACAGCCAGGACCAGCAGGACAGCCCAGCCUCCGAUGAACCAGAGGGGGGGGACACAGCGCCCCCAGCCCCAGCCCCAGCCCUGGAGCGGGCAGACAGAGAGGCUGUGUCACCCGAGGACAGCAAGGGAACACCCAGCACCGAGCAACAGUCAGUGUCCUCCACAGAGCCAGACUCCCACAGCCCGGAGGAGCCUCCAGGGCAGGCACCCACCACCACCACCACCGCCGCCACCGCCACCACCACUCUACACCAGGACGAGCAGCCAGGUGACCAGCCCCCUGCCCCUGCUCCUCAGGCCCCUGCUCCAGAGCCAGGCGUGCUCCCUCCAGCCAGCUUGCAUGCAACGCCUGAGAGCCCCAACUCGGGUCUCAAAGCACCAGACUUUGCAGCCGUGGGCCAGGAAGUAACAUCAAUGGAGCAGAAGGGUAAGGAGGCCUCGUCGGCAGACAAACCCCGCACAGAUGCGCUGAAGGUGAACAGGGAAGAGCAACCAAGUGGGCAGCCAAUCCCUGGGCAGUAUGGCAAACCUCAGCCAAUCGGUGAGCAGCGUGACAAACCUGUGCCAGAGGAAGACAGGAGCGACAAGGAGGAAGCAGAGCUGGAGUUUGUGGAGAGAGAAGACCACGAAGAGUGUGGCAAUGAUGCACAGCGCGAAAACGGAGCGCAGAGCUCACAGAGCACCCAGUCGCUAGGGGAGAUUGCCUCCACCGACGGCCAACCAGCCAACAAAAAGUACAACACGGUUUGUUACAGAAAGAUCAAGAAAGGGAACACCAAACAGAGAAUUGACGAGUUUGAGUCCAUGAUGAGUUUCUAGGUUAGAGAGAAAGAGAUGGAAGCAAUAGUGACAUGAUUAGGAACAGAUCAGAACGUAUUCAUCAUGUGUGACUAUUGAGCAAAUCAUUCAUCAUCAUUCAUUUAUCAUCAGUGCUAUGUAACAUUGUCCUAUUGACAAACAACAGGGCCUAAUUUAAAUGGUGGGCCAAGUACAAAAUCUCAUAUUUUUAUAUGAACACUGCACUUUCCUUUUUUUCUGGAGGCUGUGUGCUUUGUCCUAUAUGUUGAUGUUUCAUACUUAAAGUUAUUUUGCUUUUUUAAUCAUCUUUUUUUCUUUUGCAGCAAGGGUUGUAAACAGAUAUUCGGGUCACAUGGCCUACCUCAGUGUGCUAUUUCCCUAACUUCCUUGUUUUUAGAUGCAAAGUACAAAGUCUAUGUCUAACUGAAGCACAUCACACAAUGGUGUUAAUUCAUGUAUGAGACACUUUGCUCAUUGAAUAUCUUUGCCUGUCAUUUAAAUUAGGGCCCAAACUCAUGAAUCAAAACACAACUCAAGUAAUUUAGCAUCAUACAAUCUCACUCAUCAUGUUCUCAAUGUUAAAUGUUUACUUUUCCUAUGUUUUUAAGCUUGCGCCCAAUUUUACUUUCCUAUGUCUUACCACCUUUAAUCAGUUAGAUAAGUUGUACAUUCUGAGAUUAUAUAUUCAACUCACUGAAGACAGAAGCAAAAGCAACAUUCUAGGUGCCACAAACUGGUGUCUCAGCUGUAUGACGUUGUUGUUUAGGCUGGAAAUGAAUGUGGUCUUUGAUCUGACUUUUAUUAGAUUUAGAUCUUUUUUUAGAUCUACUUGCUCUACUGUUUACUAUAGCAACCAUUUGGACAUGGUAUGUAAUAACAGUGUAUCAUUAUAUCAUCUUACCUCAUAGGCUUUUGUUUUAUUACCUGUUCACUAUGUUGGGACAAUGUAUUAUUUUCACUGUGAUGUUUCUAGUAAAUGCUAGUGUUUUACAUGUGA